AUGUCGACAUUCUUUGUCCACAGCAUCAAACAGCAAUUUCGGGUGAGCGGAAUUUUCAAUAUCUGUCUCGAACUCAAAUACGAGGCGAAAAAGGGAGGCGAUUGCGAUCUUAUAAUCAAUGAAAUUCCAGGCGUCAUAGAACUAUCGGACUUGACCACAAGGAGUAUAUCUGAAAUAGUUGAUAAUUCGUUAUCCGAAAACGGAGAUUUUGAUAUUGUAACGCAUCCUGUGGCUGAACAAUACAAUGAACCACAAAAAAAGUUGGAAGAUGAGGACAAUGCCAGCGAUCUAAAAAUCAAUGAAAUUCCAAGCCUAAUAGAACUAUCGGAUUUGACCAAAAUUAGUAUAUCUGAAAUAGUUGAUAAUUCGUUAUGCGAAAAUGGAGAAUCUGAUAUUACAACGCAUCCUGUUUCUGAACAAAAAAAUGGACUUACCUUGGAAGAUGAGGACAAUGCCACCGGAAAAUCAAAAAAGGAUAAUGGUGCCGAGAAAGAGUUUGAUGUUUUACCUGAUAAAGAUGAACAACCCAUAGUAAUUGGGUCCGAAAUUUCUGAAUCUGGACAUAGAUUUCCAGGUGAACAAGACGUCGAAAAUCCUGUCAGUUCUGCCCCUCCAAAGGAAUUAGAUGAUGAUCUUAUAAUCAAUGAAAUUCCAGGCGUCAUAGAACUAUCGGACUUGACCACAAGGAGUAUAUCUGAAAUAGUUGAUAAUUCGUUAUCCGAAAACGGAGAUUUUGAUAUUGUAACGCAUCCUGUGGCUGAACAAUACAAUGAACCACAAAAAAAGUUGGAAGAUGAGGACAAUGCCACCGGAAAAACUAAUAAAGAUAAUGGUACCAAGAAAGAGUUCGAAGUUUUACCUGAUAAAGAUGAACAAACCAUAGUAAUUGGGUCCGAAAUUUCUGAAUCUGGACAUAGAUUUCCAGGUGAACAGGACGUCGAAAAUCCUGUCAGUUCUGCCCCUCCAAAGGAAUUAGAUGACAAUCUUAUAAUCAAUGAAAUUCCAGGCGUCAUAGAACUAUCGGAGUUGACCAAAAGGAGUAUAUCUGAAAUAGUUGAUAAUUCAUUAUGCGAAAAUGGAGAAUCUAGUAUUGUAACGCAUCCUGUUUCUGAACAACACAAUGGACUUAAUUUGGAAGAUAACGAUAAUGGCACCGGUAAAUCAACUAUAGUUAUUGGUGCCAGGACAAAACCCGAUUUUUUACCUGAUGAAGUUGAAGAAACCACAGUAAUUGGGUCCGAAAUUUCGGAAUCUAAGCAUCGUUUUCCAGAUGAUCCUAUUAGCAAUACAAUCUCGAAUUUGACCAAAAGGAGUGUAACUGGAAUAGAUGAUAAUGCAUUAUCAGAAAAUGGAGAAUUUGAUAUUGUUACGCAUCCGAUUUCUGAACGACCCAAUGGAUUACAAAUAAAUUUUAAAGAUGACGAUAAUACCAGUGCUGUUCAGUAUAGACCGGAUGUAAAUACUGGUAAGAGUUAAUAGCGCAAAUAUGUUAUAAUUUUUUUUUUAAAUUAGCAGAAAGGUUCUACAGUGCUUGUAUCUAAUCAAUUAUUUGGCACCCACAAUUUUAACAACGACACUAUUGAGAUUAAAAAUAAAAAAACAGCUAAGUUGCCUAUCCCUAAGCUCAAACACAAAGAAAUUGGCUCCGUUCAGAACAGUCGUUUUAUACCUAGACCUGUUGCUGAACUGCAGCUUAAGUCAUUCAAAAGUCUCACCGACAAAGGGACCUGGUACGAAAUUUAUACAGAUUUCGAGAUGAAUCAAUCAUUGGCUUACGCAGACACAGGCGAAGUAAAAAACACAAGAGAAGUUCCCAUCAAGGACCUUGGAAAAAAUGCAUCUAAUAUGAGCACAGAAACCGAAGUAACUAAAGUUAAGAGAGCAAUUUCAUAUUUUAUUUCAUUCGAUAAAUCGGAUAAUGGAAAUCGCAGGUACAAAGUAUCAAACAAGUCUCCUUUCAAAACAAAUAUACACGGUCAAAUCGACAAACUAAUUCCUUUGGACGAUAGUUCACGCUCUAAUAUGUUGGGCCCGGAUUUGAUAAUUAAUGAAUAUAGAGAGAUUGAAGAUCAAACGGCAGAUCCGGAUUACCAACAACAACCAGGAGUAGCCAAGCUGCAAACUAUACUUGAACUUAAUGAAAGUGAUAUCAUAACUGAUAACAGAGUUACAGAACUUGAAUUGGGUAAGACAGAUAAAGUUGGUACAAAAGAAUAUGACUUAAUGAAUGAUGAAAAUAUUUCCGGGGGACGUCUCUUUGAUUUAAGUAGUAGAACCAAAGUCGUCCGAGAAGCGUCAUUAACACGAUCUAAAUAGAAUAAGACUAAUUCAUAUGAAACAUUCUCCAUAUAUAAUACUGACAUUUCCAAACUCACACUAUGUGAUCACACAGACAGUACAU